AUGGCGACGAACAGUAUUACUCCCGUUCACGAUAACUUCGCCGAGGAGGCGCUGUCCUCUACCGAUCAAGGAAGUCGGCAAGCUAGUGGUGCCAUCGUCCAGUUCCUCACGGAACGCGUCCCAGAAUUUCGAGAACUGCAAAAGGUUCGGCAGCAGGGAUGGGAUAACCCCCAAGGCGACACAUAUUUUCGCCAGCAGCGAAAUCAAGCAGACAAGGCCAAUGCUCGUACUGCCCAAUUCUUCUACCAAAUGAUGCAGCGGAUCGGACAAGAGCUUCAUCAAGCUUUAGGCGUCUUUGCAAUUCAGAACGACAGUCUGUCGCAGCCGAUGGUUCUCGACAUGUGCAUGGCCCCCGGAGGAUUCCUCGCCACGGCGCUGCGUCUAAACCCGAAUGCCCGCGCAGUGGGGUUCAGUUUGCCUGCCGAAUCUGGAGGACACAAGGUUCUUAUGCCGGAAAGUCGGAGAGUCGAGCUGAGAUUCCUGGACAUAACGAUGCUUGCUGCAGACAUGGGGGUGACUGAAGUGCCAGUCGACCAUCCGGACCAUGGCAAAUUCUUACCGCGACAACUGAGACCAGACGACCUUUUUGACCUGGUCAUCUGUGACGGCCAGGUUCUUCGAACGCAUUCUCGGGAAGACUACCGGGAAAGGCGAGAAGCUCGACGGCUGACAGUGACGCAACUGCAUCUUGGUCUUAAGCAUAUGAGACCGGGUGGCACCAUGGUUGUAUUACUUCACAAAUUGGAAGCUUGGGACACGGUAUUGCUUCUACGAACGGCCAGGGAAUUCGCUGCUGUAAAAGUGUUCAAGCCGAAAAGCAGCCACAGUAAGCGCUCGUCGUUCUACAUGGUCGCUAGGAAUGUGCAAAGUCAACGACCAGCGGCGGUCCAUGCGAUUGAGAGAUGGAAAUCGAUUUGGAAGGCGGCGACUUUCGGAACUGAUGAGGAAUAUCAGAAGACCCUCCACGAAGGCCAGCCAAGUGUUGAGGAAGUGCUUGGUGAGUUCGGACCAGAGCUUAUCAGGCUGGGAAAGGAUGUUUGGGCUACUCAAGCGAGAGCCCUUGCGGAAGCGCCUUUCAUCAAGCAACAGUCGUAG